GAGGAGGCGGAGGAAAAAAAAAAAACAAAACCCAAAACACACGGGCUAGCAAAGAGCCGUCAUGAAACCGACCCAAAGAGCUCAUCUACCAGCGGAAUUCACAAUGUGUGGCGUUCAGAUUCGGCGGUGAAUUAGUUCCAGACACGGGGAAACCAAACUAAAGUGUUUUUUUUACACCAUGAAUUUAAGAGGACUCUUUCAGGACUUCAAUCCCAGUAAGUUCCUGAUCUACUCCUGUCUGCUGCUCUUCUCCGUGCUGCUGUCCUUGAGGCUGGAUGGGGUCAUCCAGUGGAACUACUGGGCUGUGUUCACCCCAAUAUGGCUGUGGAAGCUGUUGGUCAUCAUCGGGGCCUCCGUGGGCACCGGAGUCUGGGCACACAACCCCCAGUACAGGGCCGAAGGGGAGACGUGUGUGGAGUUCAAAGCCAUGCUGAUCGCCGUGGGACUCCACGUCCUGUUGCUGAUGUUCGAGGUGUUGGUGUGCGACCGCGUGGAGAGAGGGAACUACUUCUGGCUUCUCGUCUUCAUGCCCCUCUUCUUCGUGUCGCCCGUUUCUGUGGCAGCUUGCGUCUGGGGGUUUAGACACGACCGCUCCCUCGAGCUGGAGGUGUUGUGUUCAGUUAACAUUCUCCAGUUCAUCUUCAUCGCUCUGAGGCUGGACAAGAUCAUCAACUGGCCUUGGCUGGUGGUGUGCGUCCCGCUGUGGAUCCUGAUGUCCUUCCUGUGCCUUGUCGUCCUCUACUACAUCAUCUGGUCCGUCCUCUUCCUCCGCUCCAUCGACAUCAUCGCGGAGCAACGGCGAACUCACAUCACCAUGGCGAUCAGCUGGAUGACCAUCGUCGUGCCCCUCCUCACCUUCGAGAUCCUUCUGGUGCACAAGCUGGACGGCCACAACAGUCUGAGCUACGUGUGUGUGUUCGUCCCCCUCUGGCUCUCCCUGCUCACGCUCAUGGCCACCACGUUUGGUCAGAAGGGAGGGAACCACUGGUGGUUUGGCAUCCGCAAGGACUUCUGCCACUUCCUGUUGGAGCUCCUCCCCUUCCUGCGAGAGUACGGCAACGUGUCCUACGACCUCCAGCGCAGCGAGGACCCCGAGGCGGCCGAGGAUCUGCCCGUCCCCGAGCCGCCGCCGAAGAUCGCCCCCAUGUUCCACAAGAAGACCGGCGUGGUGAUCACGCAGAGCCCCGGGAAAUACUUCGUCCCGCCGCCUAAACUCUGCAUCGACAUGCCGGACUAAAGCGCAGCGUCAGAGCUGGAGGGACGGGGGCUGCUGUAUGGAUGUGUUCAACUCACCGAGCCCAAACAGCAGAGGACACUGUGUUUGGUUUUUAAAAUCUGCUGUCCUGAAGGAUCUGGUCCCCCUCACCUAAAACUCUGCAUCAGCAUGGCGGGCCAGAGUGACACAUUAGAGCCAGAUACGGCCACGGAUUACUAACGGAUCCAGAAUCCUCACAACACCGGCCGUCUGAAGGUAAAGACUGCCUGACUCUGUCGAGGAUUGAAAGGUGGAACCAAAAGAAAGGACUGCUUUGUUUUUCACCUGCUUAAUCCUAAUUGUAUCCAUUCUGAAAAAGGAUAUUUCGGGGGGGGGGGGGAGAGAACUGACCACAGAAGCGUCUCCGAUGAGACAUAACUGACGAGCUGGAUCUGCGUGGACUCCAGUGUUUGACUCUGUACCGGCAGUAGAUCUUUAGCUGUAGGUUCGGACUCGAGGACGAUGCUUGCCUUGGCUUUGUGAUGGGGACCAUUUGAAGAGACUUUCUAGCUUUGGGAUCAGUGUAACCCUUUAUCGAUCCUGUUCUCACUUUUUGACCAUGCAGGUGGAGAAAACAAGGUGGGAGGGGUGGGGUUGCAGUUAAAGGAAGGGUUAACUCUUUGUUCCAGGUCUGUCUUAGUGCAACGCUUCCAUGCCCACAUGUAUACUGAAAGCAUUACUGGUAGCUGUGAUUAUUCCUCAUGUCCGUACCGGCUGUGGAGAGAUCUCUUCCUAACUCCAUAACAAUUUAAGAGACUUUGGGGGGCGCG